GCCUCGGGAAAUUGUCUCCAGGGCCUGGCGCUGCGGUAAAGAUUUUCCCGGCUUCAAAGCAGGAAGACCCGAAAGGAUCUGGUGUGCCUCGGGGGGUCCUCUCACUGAGCCCGAAGCUCCUACCUCCCGGAGUUCCGAACUUGUCCCCUGAAUUUAGAGAAAGACCUCCCUCCACUACACCCUGCAGCGACUGCUUGCCACCUUCUCACUGGCAGCCCCAGAGAAGAGGGGAGUAAGAGAGAUGUUGUGGCUGUGGUUAGGGCUCAGCGGGCAGAAGCUAUUGCUUUGGGGCGCAGCGAGCGCGGUCUCCGUGGCCGGCGCCACUGUCUUGCUCAACAUCCUGCAGAUGUUGGUAAGCUAUGCACGAAAGUGGCAGCAGAUGCGGCCAAUCCCGUCGGUGGCUCGCGCUUACCCCUUGGUGGGACAUGCGCUGUUUAUGAAGCCCAACAACACAGAAUUUUUUCAGCAGAUAAUUCAGUACACAGAAGAAUUCCGACACCUGCCCAUCAUUAAACUCUGGAUUGGACCAGUGCCCCUGGUGGCACUUUAUAAGGCAGAGAAUGUGGAGGUGAUUUUGACCAGUUCGAAGCAAAUUGAUAAAUCCUUUAUGUACAAGUUCCUACAGCCAUGGCUGGGACUAGGACUUCUUACAAGUACUGGGAGCAAAUGGCGUGCCAGGAGGAAGAUGUUAACACCCAGUUUCCAUUUUACAAUUCUGGAGGAUUUCUUAGAUGUCAUGAAUGAGCAAGCAAAUAUAUUGGUUAACAAGCUUGAAAAACAUGUCAAUCAAGAGGCCUUUAACUGCUUUUUCCCCAUCACUCUUUGUGCUCUGGAUAUAAUCUGUGAAACGGCUAUGGGGAAGAACAUUGGAGCUCAAAGUAAUGGUGAUUCUGAGUAUGUCCGUACAGUGUAUAGGAUGAGCGAUAUGAUAUACAGAAGAAUGAAGAUGCCCUGGUUUUGGUUUGACCUUUGGUACCUUAUGUUUAAAGAAGGAAGGGACCACAAAAAGGGACUAAAGAGUCUACAUACUUUUACCAACAAUGUCAUUGCUGAACGGGUUAAUGCAAGGAAGGCAGAGCAAGACUGCAUAGGUGCUGGGAGGGGUCCUCUCCCCUCGAAAACUAAGCGCAAGGCCUUUCUUGACUUGCUUUUGAGUGUGACUGAUGAGGAAGGAAACAAAUUAAGCCAUGAAGACAUCCGAGAGGAAGUUGACACCUUCAUGUUUGAGGGUCACGAUACAACUGCUGCUGCCAUAAACUGGUCCUUAUACCUCCUGGGCUCUAAUCCAGAAGUCCAGAGGAAAGUGGACAAGGAGCUGGAUGAUGUGUUUGGAAGAUCCCAUCGCCCUGUCACCUUGGAAGACCUGAAGAAACUUAAAUAUCUGGAUUGUGUCAUUAAGGAGACCCUCCGUGUUUUCCCAUCUGUCCCUUUAUUUGCCCGGAGUCUUAGCGAAGACUGUGAAGUGGCGGGUUACAAAAUCUCAAAAGGAACGGAAGCAGUCAUCAUUCCCUAUGCACUACAUCGAGACCCUAGAUACUUCCCAGACCCUGAGGAAUUCCAGCCAGAGCGGUUCUUUCCUGAAAACUCCCAAGGACGCCACCCCUAUGCCUAUGUGCCAUUCUCUGCUGGACCUAGAAACUGCAUUGGUCAAAAGUUUGCGGUCAUGGAGGAAAAGACCAUUCUUGCCUGUAUCCUGAGGGAGUUUUGGAUAGAAUCCAACCAGAAGAGAGAAGAACUCGGCCUGGCUGGAGAUUUGAUUCUUAGGCCAAAUAAUGGCAUCUGGAUCAAGCUGAAGAGGAGGCAUGAAGAUGACCCCUAACGCCGUCCUCAAGCUGAGACCCUGUCAUGACGAAGGUCAUUCCAUAAGAAAGAUGGCAUCUGCAAAUUUUAGUUUAUGAGCUGAAAACUCGGAAUCCUCAGACCCAGUGUUUCUUCUUUCUUGUCCCCACCGAUCUUGAGACCCAGUCUAUCACUGAGAGUUUUUGUAUGUUUGUUAGCAGCACAGAUGACAAUGUCACACCUGUUCUCUGUCUCGAGGGCACUGUUAGCAAGCUGAAGUAGCACUGACAUAAACGUGCAGGAAAAAUGAUAACAGAGCGGUCACCAGCCUGUUUAAUCCCAUUGGUUAGACGCAAAGGUCAUCAUUUUAAUGAAAUCUCAGAAUUAAGAAAAUAGCCUUGUUGACUUGGAAAUCCAUGUAGCAUUUGAAAAUGUUGGAUAAUUAAGCCCUUCAGGAUACCAGGCUUAAGUUUUUAUAAUGUCAUCAGUGUAUCAGUCGUAACGUAAUUGCCAGAGCCCUUCCAGCUCUUAUAAUGAAAAGCAAGUCCCUUGCAUGCCUGCGUCAAGUUCCAGUCACCUUGUUGACUGUGAACUAGAAUCUUCUUUCUGUUCUUGGUGGACACAAACACUUUAUACAUCUUAUUAUUUAGAAGAGAUUCCUCUCCACAAUGUCCUACCUCUCACAGAAGCUUAAUUAGUGGCUUUUUUUAAAUCAAUAAACAUUAGGCAGAUCCAUUUAUUUUGGGUGUAUUUUACAAGUAUAAGUUUGGAUGAGCUAUUUGACAAACUUCAGCAUUAACUCUCAACUCUACAGACAUCUUUAACAAGGAAAGGCAUUUAUGGUGGCCCUCUGCAUACAGGCAGUGUCCUAUUGCAUAUCAAAUGGCGGAGAUGCAUUGACAGAUUUGAGGACAUAAUUAGUGGCUUUUGAAGUUCAAGUGACAACAGAAACUUUCUGCUUAUGUGCCAUUUAAUUAAGAGUAGGGGUGUGGAAUAAAGGGGACAGCAAAUUUCUGCCCACGUUCUGUCAUGGCUAGAAGUAGUUAAAAUGUCUACACCAAGGCCUCUCCACUUCCUUUCUGAAAUACUCUCUCCUACUACACACUUUGGCGUUAUGGAACUCAGAACUGUGAUUGGAUGAAUCAGGACUCAGGAUUUCUGCCCUCGAUGUGGGCAUGUGUUUCUUGUAAUUCCUCUACUUUUAGAAGAAAGAAUCUUUUCUUCUAUAUUUAGUUACACUGUACUAUCACACUUGGUUCAGCAGAAGACAUUUAAUUAACUCAGUCCCGUGGAACAUCCCCAUCAAGCUGGCAAUUGAAUUCCACUCCUUGCUUUUAUUUGGUGAUAUAAUGCUACUAUUCUUCAUGCAAUGACUUUUAGAAACUUCCUUUUAAUAAAUAAUUUUUAACAGGA